AUGUUGGGCAAGCAGCCAACGGCUAUUGCAUGGCCCCCGCCUGUCAGGUGUGCCUGGGGCCCAGCCCGGGUACUGGACCUCUCUGGGCCUGCAGCCCCCAGGCCCCGGGGCUGGGCCAACAAGGAGCCCACACUACGGGUAGCCAGUGAGCAUUCCAUCCUGGAUUCUCCCAGUCUGUUCCUAGACUCUCUAGCCCAGUCCCCAAACAGCACAGGCAGCCGGCAGUACAAGGCCCUUCCUGGGCACUGCAUCUCUGCCGGAGGCUCCUCUACACACCAGCACCCCACCUUUGAGGAAGGGCUUAUCCACAGCCCUGUGUCCAUGUGUGUGAUUUGGGCUGGCUGUCAGCAGCUAGGGGCAGAGUUCGAGGCGGGAGAGCGAGGAACACUGCAAUUCGGAAAAAUUUUAGACGUGGAGAUCAUUUUUAACGAGCGGGGCUCCAAGGGUUUUGGGUUUGUAACUUUUGAAACUAGCUCAGAUGCUGACCGAGCCCGGGAGAAGCUGAAUGGGACGAUCGUAGAGGGCCGGAAAAUUGAGGUCAAUAACGCCACGGCCCGGGUCAUGACCAACAAGAAGACUGCCAAUCCCUAUACCAACGGCUGGAAGCUAAAUCCGGUGGUAGGGGCAGUUUAUGGUCCUGAAUUCUAUGCAGUGACGGGGUUCCCCUACCCCACGACCGGCACAGCCGUUGCCUACAGGGGCGCGCACCUGCGGGGUCGGGGCCGGGCUGUGUACAAUACGUUCCGGGCUGCACCGCCCCCGCCCCCCAUCCCGACUUACGGAGCGGUCGUGUAUCAGGAUGGCUUUUAUGGUGCUGAGAUUUAUGGAGGCUAUGCCGCCUACAGAUACGCUCAGCCAGCAGCAGCUGCAGCCGCCUACAGUGACAGUUACGGCAGAGUCUACGCGGCUGCUGACCCCUACCACCACACCAUCGGCCCCGCAGCGACCUACAGCAUUGGAACCAUGUGAAAGCUUCUGCCGUUUCCUUCUUGGACCAUGAAGGGCAAAAACAAAACAAAAAAAAUCACAAAAAAAAAUU